UUACACACAGCCUCGGUCCUUUCCUGUCUCUCACUCAGUUAACGACCUCUCCCUCCCUAGCUUCUCUUCAGACAGCACAUCUGGCAAAAUGGCCACGGCGGCUGUGUCUGGGUGUGACGGGCUCAGGAUGGAGGAGAAAAAGUUUGAGUAUUUUUCCUCCAUUAACCAUAUGGCCAAGAAGAUCAUGCUGGAGCGGCAAAAGAUCCGAGAGAAGCAUGGCUCUGAGUGGGAGAAACUUACUCAAAGCGAGCAGGAGACCGCCAUCGAUAACUGGAUGAUGGACCCGCAGAUUCGGGCUCGGUAUGCGCUGCACCGGACUGAGAGGGAGGAGGUUGUCAGUUAUCCAAAAUUGCUGAUCCAAACAGGACAGAAAAUCGUACAUUUUGGAGAAGAGGAUAUUAUAUGGCAGGAUGAACACUCAGCACCUUUUUCCUGGGAAACCAAGAGUCAAUUGGAAUUCAGCCUUACAUCUCCAGCAGCACCAGAGCAAGGAAGCACCUCUUCACAAAUGGAGCCAAAGCUGCAGGCCAAAACCUCUCAACCGGUGAAAGCCUCACAUGGCGGUGGUGGCAGCAGCAGCAGCCAGGUAGCAAAGGCAUCCCAAGGCAGUAAAACACCCAGCACAGAUAGCAUAUCAUCAGGCAGGAAGGAAGAAGAAUCUUCUUUUUGGAAAAUCAGUGCUGAGAGAUCUAGACUGGAGGGAGGCCAGGCGGAUUUCCAGUCCUUGACGCCCAGCCAGAUAAAGUCCCUUGAAAAAGGGGAGAAGACAGUGCCUUCAUACCGAAGACAAGAAUCCACACCUAAAGACAAGGAGGAGCACAAAGCUGAUAAGCCACGUAUCCCCAAACAAGACAAAACUGUGAGCAUGAGUGUCUCCUCAACUGUGGCGGAGUGGGAAAGGUCCCAGCCAGCACACCCUUCAGUAAGCACUCAGGAUGAUGUCUUCAUACAGGGACCUGAACCGAAGUCCCCCACCCGUACUGCACCCGCAAAGGAAAAUGAUAAAGAGGAGUCUGCCCAAGCAGAAAAUCCAUUCUUUUCCCAGUUUAACACCAGCAGCAACCUUUUGAAGACUGGUUUUGACUUUUUGGAUAAUUGGUAAAAACCUGCAGAACUAUCAUGAGGAAUCCUCAAGACAGAACUACACCCCUGUGUGUUCUUCAGAUUACAGUACAGAAUACAUUUUCCAACACUUCCAUACUGACCACUUCAUAUUCUUUAGAUUGUUCUUUGUAUUUAUGUAUUAUGUUUCUUUUAAAAAUGCAUGUUUUUUUUAGAAUGCCUCAACCUCAGUGCAGCUGCAUUUAAAACAGUUUACCAAAAUAUAACAAUUUCUUUAUUUUCUAUAUUUAUCUGCAAGAAUGUAUAUGUAAUCAAUACUUUGUUUAAUGUCAUGCUUGGCAAAGGCUCCACAACUUUGAUGGAGUGACUUUCAAUUAAACACUAACCAGAUAUCCAAUAAAGUUAUUGAAACAAUGAU